GGGCGGCGGCGGCGGGCGCUGCGCUCGCUGGGCAGCCUGGCCGGGCGGCUGCUCCGCACCUGGGCGCGCCUGGCCGGGGGGCGCGGGGGGCGCCGCGCCGCCCCCGAGGAUGACGAGGGCGGGUUCCGGGGGGGGUCGCGGCGGCGGCUCGGCGGGGCGGCCCCGGCGGCGGCAGCAGCGGGGGGCGAUGCGGGAGGGGCCGCCGGGGACCGGCCGCCGGGAGCGCAGGGGCUGCGGAACCACGGCAACACCUGCUUCAUGAACGCCGUGGUGCAGUGCCUGAGCAACACGGCGCCGCUGGCCGAGCGCCUGGCGCUGGGCCGGUACCGCGCCCGCGGCGAGGUCACGCACCGGCUGGCGGCCCUGGUCCGCGCGCUCUGGACCCGCGACUACACCCCGCAGCUCUCCGCCGAGUUCAAGAACAUCGUCUCCAAGCACAGCUCGCAGUUCCGGGGCAACGCUCAGCACGACGCGCUCGAGUUCCUGCUCUGGCUGCUGGACCGAAUGCACGAGGACCUGGGCGCCGCCUCCCCCGCCCAGCAGAGCCGCGGCCCCACGCAGCCUGGCAAGGACAGGAGCAGCAGUGCCAGCAGGUCCCCCCCAGGCACCCAGCACCCCCGUGGGCAGAGCUUCGUGCAGAGCCACUUUGAGGCCCAGUACAGGUCGUCCCUGACGUGCCCUCACUGCCUGAAGCAGAGCAACACCUUCGACCCCUUCCUGUGCAUCUCCCUGCCCAUCCCGCUGCGCCAGACCAGGGCUCUGAACGUCACGCUGGUGCUGCAGUGCGAGCGCUGGCGCUUCGUGCGGGUGGGCCUGGCCGUGCCGCUGCUCGGCACCGUGGCGGACCUGCGGGCCAUGGUGGCGCGGGAGGGCCGCAUCCCCCCGGAGCAGGUGAUCCUGGCCGAGGUGUCCCCGCGGGGGUUCCUGCGCUCGCUGUCCGACCCCGAGGCGCUGCGGGCGGCCGGAGAGGCCGCGCCCGUCUACGCCUUCCAGCCGCCGCCCGCCCGCCGCGCAGGGUGUCCCCGCAGCCUCCCCACGUCCCCCGCAGUGCCCCGGCCGGAGGGGCCGCGCCUGCUGCCCAGCACCGCCCGCUCCUCCGACUGCCUGCACCGCGCACCCGGCAGCCGCAUCCUGCUGCUGCUCUGCAACACGGCGGGCACGGGGCCGCAGCUCACCAGGUUCGGGCCGCCGCUGGUGCUGCGGGAGGAGCGCAGCGUCUCCUGGGAGCAGCUCCAGCAGAACAUCCUGGCCCAGCUGAGGGGGGUCCUGCGGGGAGAGAUCCGGCCUCAGGGCACAGGAGCCCUUUUCCGGAUCCGCCUGGGAGGGGGCUCGGCCCCCUGCACCUACCUGUCCCCUCAGGAUCCCCGUCCCCUCUGCCACCCUGCCGUCGACAGGGCCCUGCAGCUAAGUGGGGCUGGGGGCCCUCCCCACGUGAGGCUGACGGUGGAGUGGGACAUGAGCACCAAAGAGCGGCUGUUCGGAAGCAUCCAGGAGGAGAUGGUGCAGGACGCGGAGAGCGUGCGGUGGCAGCAGCAGGUGCACGGGCAGCAGCACAGCUGCACCCUGGACGAGUGCUUCCAGCUCUACACCAAGGAGGAGCAGCUGGCCCCAGACGAUGCCUGGCGCUGCCCGCACUGCAAGGUGCCCCAGCAGGGCACGGUGAAGCUCAGCCUUUGGACGCUGCCCGAGAUCCUCAUCAUCCACCUGAAGCGCUUCCGGCAGGUGGCCGAGCAGCGGCACAAGCUCACCACGCUGGUGAGGUUCCCGCUGCGGGGGCUGGACAUGGCCCCGCACGUGGCACAGCGGGGCCAGCCCGGGGGGCAGCUCCUGGGGCGCUGGGCGCCCUGGCAGCCCUCCCUGCGCCUGCCCCCGGGCUGCCCCCGCGAGCACCUGUACGACCUGUACGCGGUCUGCAACCACCACGGCAGCAUGCAGGGCGGCCACUACACUGCGUUCUGUUGCAACGCCCUGGACGGGCGCUGGUACAGCUACGACGACAGCCGGGUGGAGGGGGUGCACGAGGCCGAGGUGAGCACCCGCAGCGCCUACAUCCUGUUCUACCAGCGCCGCCGCGCCGCCGGCUCCGGUGAGCCCCGAACGCCUGCCCGCCGCACCCCGACACUCCCUACGGGUGACCCACACCUGUGUGCACACACCUGCCUCCGCCGGCUGCACACGCGUGCACACAGACCUGCUGCACCUUCCCCACGGCUGUGCACACCCCCCACCCACCCGUGUGCCGCCCCCGGCCCACGCCCGCCGCUCCCCGCAGGCUCCGCCGCCGCAGGGCACUGGGUGUUCCGCCUGUCCGCCUCCGAGACCCGCGCCGACCCCGACCCCGACCCUUCGGGCUCUGUGGCCGCCCCGGAGAACGGCGGGUUCGAUGCGCGGCCCCCGGUGCGGGGGCUGCAGGGGCUGCACGGGCGCAGCCUCAGCGUCCGCACCGCCCCCUCCGGGUUCCCGGGGCAGGGGGAGCCGGGCCCCCUCCGCGCCCCCCGACGGCUCCGUCGGGCCGCCAGCGCCGAGGGGACUCCGCGCCGGCCGCCCCCGGGCCCCGGCAGCCCCGAGGCCGCGAUGCCGCAGGGGGACACGGGUGUCCCCCCGGGCCGCUGCCCCCCCGGCCCCUCGGCGCUGGGGCGGUCGCGGAGCUCGGCCAGCCUCCCCCCCCGGCCCGAGGGGGGGCUGCGCAGGUCCGCCUCGCUGGGCAGGGGCGCGGGGGGGCCGCCGCCGGCCGCCCGGGGUCCCCCCGCGGCCACCUUGCAGCGGGGCCGGCAGCCACCCGGGCCCCUGCGCCCGGCGGCCGUGCCCGAGUCCAGCUUCUGAGCCAUGGAUGGGGGGCAGCACCCCCCAGCAGCUGUACAGCAGGUCCUGAACGCAUCGGGGAGAUCCCCGACUGGGGGUGUCCCACCACAAGGGUGCCUGAACCAGGCAUCCCAAACCAGGAACAUCCCGGCCGGGGGCAUCCCGAUCUGGGGGCUCCCGACCCAGGGACUUCUGAGCCGGGAGGAAACCAAGCCACGGUGUACUGACCCAGAGGCUCCCAAAUGGAAUCCUGACAGGGGGGCUCCUGCCUGAGCCGGGGCACCACAGAUCCCCAUCCAGAAGCAUUCCAAACCAGGACCAUCCCUAGCUAGGGGUUUCAGACCUGGGCUCGUCCCAAACUGGGCUCAUCCCGAUAUGUGGCUCUGAACCCGGGCAUCUCCCAGUGUGGGGCCGUCCCAAACAGGGCCGGUGGGUGCAGGGUCCCCAGCUCUGCAGCACCAGAGUAUUUAUUGUACCAGGAGAGUUUUAUUCAGAAACGCUUUUUGUUUUCUAAAAGGCGACUAUUUGGGGGUGGGAGGUCCCCCACACCUCGGUCUAUGCAAUCCCCGAUUCCUGCAGCCAGCUUUUGUACGGGGCCCUACCCCACCGCCGGCGGUUUCUAUUAAAGACACGUGAAACAA